AUGAGCUCAGUUGUCCGACAUAUGCGACAAUACAUUGCGCCGAUUCGAGCUGUGAUUCUAUGUUUCUGCUUGCUAGGACUAUGGCUCUAUGUUCCCCGGCAAUCCGAUAUGGUGGCCAAUUUCGACUUCUCACAGUUCUACAUUGGAGACGUGAACAGUGAGCUGCUUUUCCAGGCCCGGUUUCACACGUUUGUGAUUGACGACACGGAGUCGUGCUAUGUGCCUCCUUGGAUCCCGGUCCAGAACACUACAGGCACUCUUGUCACGAUAAAGGAAGGAUGCGAGGCUCCCGAGGGCUGGAACGCAGUUUCGCACAUGGCGAGCACUCCCGUGGUUCUCUCUUUGUGGCUCUGUUCCCAGAGCGACAAGAUGCUUUGUUUGCUUAUCAACAACUCGGGAUCCACUCCGUUUGGUGAAAUCAAAGCCAAGCAAAACGAUCUCAAUCCGCUCGACUCGCUGACUAAACAGACACUAGCCAUGGCGUCCAAUGAAGACUGUGUCUGGCGGUGCAACGACAACUUUGCGCAGUCGUGUCUGGUGGUGCCAGGAAGAGGCAGCUAUUGUCUGAUGGAAAAAGUCCGAGAUGAACUGUCCAAAUCGAGGAACAAAAACUGGCCCAGCUAUGUGGAACAGUGUAGGCUGAAUUAUCACAAGCUAGACUGGUACCAAAUCGAAGACGAGAUUUUUGAGCCACCAGAGGAAUAG